UGUUCCAGAGUUUCAGUCUGUGGUCUAGCAUUAUCAUUCAGUCUGUGAUUGGAUGGGAUGUCCGAGGUUCUCUCUCUGAUUUUCACACUUCAGUCGCACUCUUUCUUAUUCAAUGCUUCCUCUGUGGUGUGUAUAAUGAUUGUUCAAACUUUCGCUUUGAGAACCGAAAUGUUGACAGACCUGGUUUUUUAACAAGUGGCUUUCCGACACAUGCAUCCGCUGGCUGCUGCAGCUGCUGCUGCUGCUCCUGCUCCUGCUCCUGCUCCUGCUGCUGCUGCUGAUGCUGAUGAUGAUGAUGAUGGAGAAGAAGAAGAAGAAGAAGAAGAAGAAGAUGGAAAUAGAUGUUUCCGUGAGGCGGUCGGUUUUGGCACUUACGAGGCGCGGCACCGGCGGAUGGGGAAAUUUGCGGCACUCGGUUUUCCGAAUUGCUGGGGGUGCAUCGAUUGCACGCAUGUCUUCGUUGAAAAGCCGAAGAAGAAGAGUGGUGACGAUUUCAUGGGCGGUCACAGACUACGGUUGUCUAUCGUGGCGCAACUGGUGUUUGACACGGACCUGCGUAUUCUUCAUCUGUGUUACGGUUUUCCCGGCACGGUGGCUGAUGGCCGUGUGCUGCGGAACUCAUCUCUGUGGCGGAGGGCCGUGUCGGGUGAACUGUUCACUCCAGAUCCUGAAGACCCGAUGAUGCACUUACGUCCAGAAAUUCCAGGAGUCCCUGGGGGAUACCUGCUAGCUGACAUCGGGUACCCUACUUCGGCUUGGCUUGUGGUCUCGUUUGGCCACAACCAUGUGGAACUGCGCACCAAGAUUUUCGACAGUCAACACAAAGUUGUUCGUCCCCUUGUGGAGCGGGGUAUCGGUCUCUUUAAGAUGCAGUUCCAAUAUUUCUACAGGCCGCACGUUUGUGAUUUGAAGAUCGAGGGAGACGAGUUCCACGCUGCGUGCAUAGUGCACAACUUGCUUCAGGACUGGGGUGAUCUUCUUGAGGAAUAUGUUCAGCCGUCGGAUUUUGGCAGCAGCACACAACCUCCACCCAGUCGCGCCAUAGCAAGCGAGUUGCGAGCGGUCCGCCAUCUUCGGACGCGGGAGCCCGGGGUGCAGGUGCGUGAGGCAUUGUGCAGGCACGUCAAUGCAUGGGUUGCCCGACGGGCAUUUAGGCAUAACAUAUCUCAAUCUAUGACAUGGAAAAUGCCGAUCGCACUGGCGGAGACCUCAAUGCCGCAUUUUUGUAGCGGAGAUCUCCAUCAAGGGUUAGAUGAGCGUUCCGCCGGCGCCUUCGCUAGAGGGGACCUCCGCCAGACAAAGGUCGACCAUGGAGAUGCCCUGCAGUGGCUUCCCUCGCGGAUAUUUGUCAGCAAUUCCACUUUGCUGGCAGAGAUCUCCACCAGCGACUUCUAUUGCGCGGAGAUCUCAGCGAGAAACUUCUAUCGCGCGGAGAUCUCGGCGAGAAACUUCGAUCACGCGGAGAUCUCGGCGAGAAACUUCGAUCACGCGGAGAUCUCGGCGAGAAACUUCGAUCACACGGAGAUCUCCUCCAGGGACCUUGCUCGCCGAGAUCUCCGCGGGCACUUCGCUCGCCGAGAUCUCUUCGCUCGUGGAUAUCUCUACGUGUUUUUCUCUAGCGUAGAGAUAUCCACCAGCCACUUCGAUCGCCGUGAUCUCCGCCGCGGGACUUUGUAUGCGGAGAUCUGCGCAAGCGAUCUUCGCCAGCAGCUUUGCUCGCCAAGAUCUCCGCCGGCAACUUUCCCCAUGGAGAUCUCCGCCGGCGACUUGCGGAGAUUUGCUGCAGUGCUUUCUCUCGUAGAGAUACCCCCCAGCAAUUUCUAUUGCGGUGAUCUCCGCCGCGAGACUAGGAUUGUAGAGAUCUCCACAAGCGAUCCCUCCCCAAGCAGCUUCUCUCGAGGUCUCCUCCAGCAGUGUUUUCGCCCGCAGAGAUCUCCGCCAUUCUCUGUCAUGACUUCUACUUCGGAGAUCACAUGCGCUAAUAAGCUACUGAUCCUACAGUACUUCAAACGUAAGAGAACCUAAAAGAAACUGAAAAGUCAGAGCCUGACCGUGAGGCUCGUGAAACAAAAACGGGACCCUACAGUACCGCCGCCGAAGGAGGUAUGACGACAGCACCGCCGCUUUUGUGUGGCCGCCCCGUUCCUGCCAAUUCCAAGACCUGGAAGAGGUCCAAGGGGGGGCGCUCACGCCGUGUGUGUGGCUUUUUGAAGGUUGUGCGGCCGGUACGGGGUUGUUGGACCUGGACAUCACAAAAAAAAAAAGAAAACCUUCUCCAUCUUUUGCGUUGCAGAGACAGUAAACGGUCCAUUUUCUU